GCUGUCUCCCUAAUACCCUAGAUGUGGAGCCCUGAAGGAUCUGAGAGGUUAUUGGACCACUUGCCUCCCCUCCCCCUUUCCAACUGCUGCCAUGAGUACAGCCGUUUGUCCCUGGGCCCUCCUGCUGCUGGGGGGUGUGUGGGCGGUGGCCAGUAGUGCCGAAUCCCCCUUCCGGACCUUCCCGGUGAGCGACUGGAGUUUGACCCACCUGGUUGUCCACAACAAGACUGGAGAGGUGUACGUGGGGGCCGUCAACCGCAUCUACAAGCUCUCAAGCAAUCUGACCCUGCUGCGGACCCACGUCACGGGCCCCGUAGAUGACAAUGAGAAGUGCUACCCGCCUCCCAGUGUCCAGUCCUGCCCCCACGGGCUGGUGACCACCAACAACGUCAACAAGCUCCUCCUGGUGGACUAUGCGGCCAACCGGCUCAUUGCCUGUGGGAGCACGUCCCAGGGCAUCUGCCAGUUCUUACGCCUCGACGACCUCUUCAAGCUGGGCGAGCCCCAUCACCGCAAGGAGCACUACCUGUCCAGCGUCAAUGAGUCGGGCACGAUGUCUGGCGUCCUCAUCGAGGUCCCCGGCGGGCACGACAAGCUCUUCAUCGGCACCCCCAUUGACGGCAAGUCCGAGUACUUCCCCACCCUGUCCAGCCGCAAGCUGAUGGAGAGUGAGGAGAAUGCGGAGAUGUUCGGCUUCGUCUACCAGGAUGAGUUUGUGUCGUCCCAGCUCAAGAUCCCCUCUGACACCCUGUCCAAAUUCCCAGCCUUCGACAUCUACUAUAUCUACAGCUUCAGCAGCGAGCAGUUCGUCUACUACCUGACCCUGCAGCUGGACACUCAGCUGACCUCGCCAGACUCCACAGGCGAGCAGUUCUUCACCUCCAAGAUCGUCCGCCUCUGUGUGGAUGACCCCAAGUUCUAUUCCUAUGUGGAGUUCCCCAUUGGCUGUGUGCAGGGUGGUGUCGAGUACCGCCUGGUGCAGGAUGCCUACCUGAGCAAGCCUGGCAAGGCCCUGGCCCGCCAGCUUGGCGUGUCCGAGGGCGAAGAUGUGCUCUUCACCGUGUUUGCCCAGGGCCAGAAGAACCGAGUCAAGCCCCCCAAGGAGUCCGUCCUCUGCCUCUUCACCCUCAAGAAGAUCAAGGACAAGAUUAAAGAGAGAAUCCAGUCAUGUUACCGGGGAGAGGGCAAGCUCUCCCUGCCCUGGCUGCUGAAUAAGGAGCUGGGCUGCAUCAACUCGCCUCUGCAGAUUGAUGAUGAUUUUUGUGGGCAAGACUUUAACCAGCCUCUGGGUGGGACUGUGACCAUCGAGGGCACACCACUCUUUGUGGACAAGGAAGAUGGCAUGACAUCAGUGGCUGCCUAUGACUACCAGGGCCACACAGUCGUCUUUGCAGGGACCCGGAGCGGCCGCAUCAAAAAGAUAAAUGCAGAAGGCCACGUGUUGUGCGUUGUAGUGGAGAAAGCCUGGAACCUGGAGUUGGAACGCGUGGGUUCUGGCUUUGGUGGCUGCAUAGGCCCCACCGGUCAUUCUUCCAGUCCCCCUGGUUCCAGCCAUGGAAGCAUCCGGGAUUCUUCCCCCUCAGCCCCCGUCUCCUGUCUGUUGCUAGGCCUUGGCAUCGCAUCUCUUGAGUCUCUUUUGCCCAAUCCCACAGCCUACACCUUCGUUCAGACCCUCAUUGCCUCUAAUAACUGCUACUGUUGCAUUCACUUCCCUUCUCAGACUGCCUGUGCCUUGGGAGAGGGAGGAGAGCGGCUUUCUUCUGCCGCUGAAGAGGACGGGCGGGUCUGGUUGCCGGAGGCUCCCCUGGAAGAUCGGGUGUCUGCUGAGGCAGCUCUUUGCUGUCCUCCAGCCGCUGCCGGCUCCACGCCCCCCUACCUCUCCCUAGCUCUGCUGCUGAGCCAGCAUGGGCCAAGAAACAACUACGUCUCCAGGGAGAAGGGACUCCUUUUAGAUCGGGGCUGCGGGAAAAGCAUGACGGCACGGGCUGCAUUUCGGUCUUCGGGCUGGGACCGUGUGCCAGUUACCGGGAUGGGAGCCGCAUCCCAUCCUUAA